GAUGAAAUAAAGAUAGAUAAUCCUGCGAAAGGUCUUGAUGGAGAUAAAGGUCCUGUAGGGGAUACAGGUCUUUCGGGAGACAAAGGUCUUAAAGGCGAUACGGGUCCUAAAGGUGAUACCGGUCCUAAAGGCGAUACGGGUCUUAAAGGUGAUACGGGUCCUAAAGGUGAUACGGGUCCUAAAGGUCCUAAAGGUGACACAGGUCAUGAAGGAGAUACAGGACCUAAGGGAGAUACUGGUAAGAAAGGCGAUACAGGACCAGAAGGAGAUAUAGGCCCUAAAGGAGAUAAAGGUUCCAAAGGUGAUACAGGUUCUAAAGGAGAUAAAGAUUCGGAAGGAGAUAUAGGUCCCAAGGGGGAUAUAGGUUCUAAGGGAGAUAAAGAUUCAGAAGGAGAUAUAGGUCCUAAAGGAGAUAUAGGCCCUAGUAAUGAGUAG